UCCCGGUGGUGAAUCGGAGUACGUGCAGCCUGCCGGAGGAGAUGAUUUCACUUUCUGUUUCGGAGAAACGUGAUUGAACUUUGCGUUGACGUUUCAAGACAGUUUUCCUCACUCUGAACAACAGCUGUCGAUGGAAAACACAGAACCAACCCGAACCUGUGAAACAUGCCACAAGGAGGUGGCAGAGGCCAACUUCCCUCUGCAUGAGAGCCACUGCAAACGAUUUUUGAGUGUCUGUCCUGACUGUGAUGAAGCUGUCCCCAAAGACCAGCUGAGCCAGCACAGAGAGGAGCAGCACACCAAGGUGAAAUGCUCCAAGUGCAACAAGAAGAUUGAACGGUGUCACCUUGAGGAUCAUGAGGCGGAGGAGUGUCCGGAGCGUCUGCAGAAGUGUUCGUUCUGCGAGCUGGAGGUGCCGUGGAAGCAGCUGGAGGAGCACAGUGUGGUCUGUGGGAGUCGCACGGAGCUCUGCAAGGACUGCGGUCACUACGUCAAACUGAGUGACCAGUCAGAGCACAGUUCAACCUGCUCAGCUGCCGAUGAAGAGGACUCAACUCAAACUCUUAGCAGUGCAUUAAAUACAACGGAGAACAGAGUGAGCUGUAGAAACUGUGGGAGAUCAUUUCUGGAAAAAGAGAUAGACCGUCAUGAGCUGAGGUGUUAUCAAGAGCUCUAUCAAGAGGUUGACACCAAAGAAGAAAAGUGGGAGGAUGAAGAUGACUUAUGCGAACAGCAGAGUCAAGACCAGCUGAGAAGUGCUUAUAAAGCCACUUCCCAGUCACAUAUGUCAGGGAGACAGGGUCCGUGGGUCAGUGGAGACCAGGACCAGAUCAGCACCUGCCCACACUGUCACCUGGCCUUGCCGCUCCCAACUCUGAAAUGGCAUGAGGCAAAAUGCAGAGUCAGUGUUGUCUUGAAAGCCAGAGAGGGCUAAGGACAGAGAGAAGUCCUAUGAAUGGAUCUCCUGAGAAUAAUGAGCAGCACAAAGGCCAUCCAUUGUCUCAGCUGCCAUCUUAGAAUGUGUGUUUACAUUUGUUUUGUAAUUUUUAUUCUCAGCUGAAUCAUCUCUUAUGGGAUAUUGUAUAAUUUCAAGUCAUAUGAGUGUCGAUGCUGACGAUGUAUUGAAUAGUAUGUCUGUACUGGGAUGACGGGUGUGAAAUCCACAGUGUUCUGCUGCGUCAGCACUGAUGACCUUAUUGCCUUGUUUUAGUUAUUCGUAAGUAAUGAUCUGAAGAUGAAUUUUAUAAUGCUAUUUAUUCCCCAAUCAAAUCCCUCAAGUGACUAAAUUGUAAUUAGUUACAUUAUUCACAAAAAAGGCAACACGUUCAGCUUUAGCAUCUCCAAUCACGCCUUUCCCCAGCUGAGUUUUAUCUUCAUCACUGCAGACAGAGCUCCGCAUGGCAAAGCAUGAGAUUAAGUAGUUAUUUUGUCAUUGCCCCGGCAUUCGAGUAAUAUUUGUGUCAGUUUUGUGGCACGCUUAAGAUGUAUAUAUUAACUAGAGCAUACACUCAUGCCUCCAAAUCUUAUGACAUCACUAGGAAAAAUAAAACAAACUUUCUAGCAGCCUGGAAAACCUGGAAAUCAAAUUUUGUAAUGUAUUUGCAAUAGUGCCAUAGAGACAUCAGCUUCCCUGUUGUUUAAACUUCUGACAUUCAAAGGAAAGUGUGAAUUCAUCCUGACAGAAGAAACACUAUUUGGUUUCAUGAUAUAUAUUUUUAUGAAUACGAAACUACAAAUAAAAGAACCCAUUAUUGUGAAUUUUGUGUACUUUCAUUAUGUAAUUUCUUUAAAAAUUGUCUUUUAAAAAGUCAACAACUACUUUGGUCUUUUAGUUUGUUCUAAUAUGUUUGGAGCAUAAACUGAACUACCGUAGUUCACAUUCCAUACCCAACUGUCAUAUUUACACACUCACUGCAGUUUUAUCUAUUUUCUGUUUCUGCUCAAUGUAUUAAAAAUUUGUCAAAA